UUCAUAUUGAACCCUCCCCUGCUUGACAAUAUUAGUGUCGACGGAGUUAAUCUACACCAUCACACCAAACAGAAACCGCUCCCUAAUCAAUCAACCAACCCAAACUAAGUCAACUCAACGACAGAACCAACCGACAAAAUGGGCGAAGCCUACGAGCGCGAACAACAAAACAACGCCCUCCUGAACUCCCUCUCGGGCAAAGUCUCGGCUCUGAAAUCCGUCACCGUUGAUAUCUACGAUAAUGCGAGGGAUCAGGAGACGUUGGAUCAUUCGGGCCAAGUGUUCUCAUCUCUAGGAACGAGCCUGCAAGGAAGCGCGAGCCGGUUAACUCGGAUGGCGAAACAGGGUGACACCGUUGCUGUGUUGAAGGUUGCGGGGAUUUGUGUGGGUGUUGGGGUGUUGAUUUGGUUGUUUUUGAGUUGGAUUUUUUAGGCCCUUUUUUUGGGUGUGUUUGUGGUUUUGAACUUGAACAUGAAGAGAAAGUAUGAAGAGGGGAGAUGGAGAAAGGGGAAGGGGAACGAGAAAGAGGAGGAGGAGGAAAGAAGACGACUCGACUGUAUUGUCUUGCUGGUCAUGACUGAUACCCGCAUUGCGCGAUUAUUCCUAUUCUUGGUGCUUGAUAUUGAUAUUGGUAUUUACCUUGUGUAUACUGUUGUUGUUUUGUUAUUGUCAUUCUGGCUGGUACAGCGUUGCGCUUUCUUUUCGUUCAUGGGAUCCGUUUUAUAUGAAUGGAUACCUAUCAAGUAUUUGAUCUGAUAAGCUGUGGUUGGAUCUUAUCUAGAUAUUCUAUACAGUUUAAUGGCUUUAUAUGAGUGUGUUG